GUCAGUGUUUCUUGCGACGUCGUUCGUGCACUUCAGCCACGUGCUUCCGGUUCUGUGCUUCCGUUCGCCGUAAGAUUUCGUGUGUGAUUGUGAUGCGUAUUCCAUUGAAUCAUUCGACCUCCUUACGUGUUACGUGAAUGUCCACAACGUGCAAGCAGACGAUCAAGAGGAAGUUGCGUAUUCGGUACGUGAUGCCGGCGGCGCACCUGACGCUGCGCGAGGAGGAUGUGGUACGACUAACCUUGGAGUUCCUCCACAGCCGUGACCUUCACAUCUCGCAGCUUUCGUUGGAACGAGAAACUGGCGUGAUAAAUGGUCAGUACAGCGACGACGUCCUGUUCCUUCGUCAGCUGAUCCUCGAUGGACAAUGGGACGACGUGCUCGAGUUCAUUCAGCCGUUGGAGGCGCUGCCGGAUUUCGAUAUGAGAAAGUUCACCUACUCGAUCCUCAGGCACAAGUACGUGGAGUUGCUGUGUAUCAAGUCCGAGGCGAACUUGAUCGCCGCCGGGACGAACGGGAGUGUCGACAAUGCGGUCGAGGAGGUUGUCAAGGUUUUGAGCGACCUCGAGAAGGUCGCGCCAUCGAAAGAAGAGUACAGCAGCUUGUGUCUAUUGCUAACGCUACCGCGACUCACGGACCACUUGCAAUAUAAGGAUUGGAAUCCUAGCAAUGCCAGAGUUCAGUGUUUUCGCGAGGUGCAUCCGUUGGUUGAGAAAUUUCUGCCUGGCGACAGAAAGAGCACCGACCCUGCUCAUCCCGUCACCUCCGCGAAAAACGAUCGGCUCAUACAGUUGAUCAUCAAGGGUAUUUUGUACGAGUCUUGCGUUAACUAUUGCCAGGCCAAAGCUACAGGCUCGAAGGAGAGCGAACAGGUGGAAAUGAACUUUUCCAGACUGUUAGACGGCUCAGUAGGUUUCAGUGAUUCUGAUUUAAGUCUGCUUUCAUGGCUACAAAGUAUACCGCCGGAAACGUUCGCCGUACCUUUCGCUCAACGAACGUUAAACGUGGAUGUGGAACGGCUCGAGAGACCAUCUUUGGAGACCUCCUGGACGGAACACAUGUUGAUCACCCCCAUAAAGCCGAAAACCUUCCCGCAUAGCGCGAUGCCGUUCACCAGGCCAAGAUCCGCCGCUGACAUGAUGUCUCGAAGUUUAGUGCCAGCUUUAGAAGCUGGGCUUGGACCAAGAAGUCCCGGGCCUAAAAAUAUGCCGAUACCAUCUGCGGCGCUAAUGGCUCUGUCUACCGGUGAUAUAAACCCGAUGUCAAGAUCAUCUUUCGCGAGCUUUCAUCUAACCGGUUUUAAGAAUAACAAAUUAAUGAACACCAGCGUGGACAGACUCUUUGAGAACGAGGGUGACGUCUUUCUUAGCUCGAGCUACGCUGAAUUUCAGCAACUGCCUUCUAUACAAGAAACAACGACCAACAGCCAGCCGAAAGCUCCGCCGAGGACGAGAGGACAAUCGAAGAGUCCCGAGGGUAUCAAAGCUGACCCUUCUGCAGCCUCCACGCCAGAGCGUAGAGUUGCAGGCAGAGAAUCUCCCGCCCCAUCGACGGCCAGAAGUUCGAGAAGAGAUUCCUUGGCAGAAAAACCAACCGGAGUCGCGGCAAAGAUCACGGAACCUACUGCGAUGCCUGUUCGGGCGUCCCUAGGUGGAGAGCAUCUCGAGCAGAGUUAUAACGGCGACCUGUUUAAAGAGUACCAAAAGCAGAAGCAAAGGCUGCAGGAGAAGUUCCAGCAGAGAGAAAGGGAAUGGGACGAUUUGGUCAGACAAUUGUCGACUCCGUUACCCUCUCAAGUCGUCGAUAAUAGACUUCAGGGAGAUGGUAUAAAGCAACCUUUGGGGAGUAAAGGACCUUCACCUGUUCACACUAGUACGCCUGCUCGAUCUGGUAUCCAGUCACCAAAGCCUACGAUUAAUGGAUCUGAGCCUGUAGUGAGACAGAACUCGGCGCUGGGCAAUGCUUAUGAUGUUAGAGCACAGGAGAGUCAUUACGAUGUCGUCAAGCCGAUGAAGCAAGAACCGAGGCAGGAACUCGAUGCCAGCAACGGAAAUAGCAAUGGCGGAAGACCGAGAUUCGUCCCUGUGACAGCGCUCGAGGACGUGCAAGCGGUUCGAUGCGCGGAAUUCCACCCCCAUGGAAAAUUGUACGCCGUGGGAUCGAACUCGAAGACGCUGAGAAUAUGCUCUUAUCCAAAGCUUCACGAUGUCAGAGAGGAUCAUCAGACGUAUCAGCCCACGGUUCUCUUCAAGAGAACGAAACACCACAAGGGCUCGAUAUAUUGUCUCGCGUGGACGCCGGAUGGACAGCUUAUGGCGACCGGAAGCAACGACAAGACUGUCAAAUUGAUGCGCUUCAAUGCCGAUACAUCAAACCUCGAAGGACAAGAAGUGGAGCUGACGAUGCACGACGGUACCGUUCGCGACUUGUGCUUCCUCGAGGACACCUCGAACAAGUCGAGUCUGCUGAUUAGUGGCGGUGCCGGCGACUGCAAGAUCUACGUCACCGAUUGCGCGACUGGUACACCCUUCCAGGCUCUGAGCGGUCACAGUGGCCACGUGCUCACCCUGUACAACUGGGGUGGAGCAAUGUUCGUCAGCGGAUCACAGGAUAAGACGGUCAGAUUUUGGGAUCUUCGAACGAGAGGUUGCGUGAACAUGGUCACACCAGCCACGGUUCCUGGCAGCAGGCAUUUGAUCCCGUUGCAGGUCGGCAGUCCGGUAGCAGCCCUCUGCGUCGAUCCAUCCGGACGUCUUCUGGUAUCCGGUCACGAGGACAGCAGCUGCGUCCUCUUCGACAUCCGGGGCGGUCGGACCGUUCAAUGCUUCAAACCUCACGCUGCUGAUAUCAGAAGCAUACGCUUCUCCCCUUCUGCAUACUACUUGCUUACCGGUGGCUACGAUAACAAGCUCGUUCUGACUGACCUACAAGGUGAUUUAACGAUGCCUUUGCCGAGCGUAGUUGUGGCGCAACACCAAGACAAGGUGAUUUCCGGCCGAUGGCAUCCGACGGAAUUCUCGUUCCUCAGUACUUCAGCUGACAAGACAGCGACUCUGUGGGCUCUGCCACCUGUUUAGGCAGGCGAACGUCGAUGGCACGCGUUUGUCGUUCAUUCGUAACAUUCAUUUUCAGAAACUGUCUCGUUAACCCGGUCACGAUCGUUCGUUCUUUCCCUUUUAUUUAAAUCAACGUCAGAGAGUCUGCCUUUUUUUUAUAACAUUAAGAGAUCGAUGGCACGAUCAAGCGAAAGUAGAUAUUAUUUUUAGCGUUGAAACGUAAUUUUUUUAAUCCUUGAAGGAAAAGGUCGUUGCCGGAAACGGGAGAACGAGCGAUCGUGAACGUUAUCGAUGCGAAGCGUAUUAGAACAGGAAGAAAAGUUCAUCGCGUGUACGAACAUAAUUCAACCAUGACCAAUUAAAGCUUCCUGAAGUACAGGCUGCGGCAGCAGUCGAGCGUAAUGGAGACUCAACGCGCGACGACGCGUGCGAGAAACAAUUACAGCCACGCCGAGCAACAUUGUUAACGCGUUACUAAGUAAACGUUACACGCUUCGAGAGCCUCGUGUGAGAAAGAGUGAAAGUGCAUUUUCGCGUAGAGACGAUGUAACGAGCGUUCUAGGCGUUAAUCAUUUGUCGACGACGGUGAGUCGUUUGUUAGGAAUCAUAAGACUGCGGAAGAACCGGCAAGAAAACUUCGUCAUUCGAGAUAUAUGCUUAAUUCGUCGAGUCACGAUGGCAAAACGUAUAUCGUUUCGAUGAAGAUUAUUUUGUUCAAAAGCAACAUUUUCGAUUAGAACAAACGACAGUGCAACACUAUCGUGAGCGUUCAGAUCGAGCAUAUUUCGUUGUAGACUCAUUGUAUAACGUCUGUCUCUUUAUUUCUUUUUAUAGAGUUUCUUCGCGGUCGUGUGUUUUGCCCCGGUGUACAUAAGUUUAGUAUAGGCUUAAGGGCGAUGAUUCGCGGGAGACGAAAAUCUGUAUGCUCCCGAUACAUAUUUAAUCGCUCUCUGUAACUUUUAGAUUUUGAAUGCUCUCUCUUUACUCGAUACCCUUAUUAUUUCUCGUUGCAAAUAUUUCUAGAUUUACCUGCGGAUAACAUUUGUAAAAUCUAUCUACUACAUUGGUUGAUUACCAUUUGCUUGUGUCUUUUGUUUUUCUUUUCCUCAUCUGUUUUAAUCGAUCAAUUAUCAACUGCCUAUUUCUUUUUUUUCGUUCUUACAUUCUCCUUUUUUGUUUAUUUCUUAUUUAAAUCGUUUUAAUGUGUUUCUUCCCACCAAAUCAUCGUCCCUGUCUUAUCGAUCCCCCGAAGUCACGCCAAAUAUUCGCAUAUUACGCAUAUUAUAAUAUAUAGAUACCUAUCUUAUAUUAAGAAGAACAACAUAUACGUACGCUCAUUAUUAAUCGCUAUUUUUUACCAUGAUGAUAAGACGAGAAACGGGAUUCUCUCUGAGCGUGUCGGAAACACUCGGAAGAAAGGAACUCGAUGUUCUGGUACGACGCAAUAAAUGUAGCAUGAUAAGCGUCACGGACGAGGAAGGUUCGGUUUACGUUGUCGCUUGUCACAAUCGCCAAAGCUGUCGGAUUAGCCCUGGAAAAUUGGGGAAAAGAGGGAGAAAGUCUCGCGCUGCUCGAGAUACCAGCGAACGAAUCGCAAUUUUUCCUUGUACAUAACGCACGUUUCUUCGAGCUACUAUUCACCUGAUCAGCGCAAGUGCGAUCGCGUCUCUUCUUUUGUUUCCAUCCGAAAAUGAACAUUGAUGAGGUAACAAGCAUCGUCUGUCUCUCCUUAUUCCUCAUCCGCGCAUUUAGCAAUUAAAUCGCACCUAGGAACCUUUUAUAUGCACAUGCCUCAUACGGAAAAUAAAUGAAAAGAUGGAUCACAGGAAUUAGAGACGUAAACGUUUGAGCGAUCUGAAAAGUGAACAGUCGAGAGGAGAAAAUUAUCGUGCUUCGUGGCAGAAGUGAUAUUUUGUUCCCGAUGCUGCCUUAUAAUCGAUUACUUCGUUUCGUUCGUGACGUAUAAGAUGCGUUCUUCGUGAUUAAUCGAUCAAGAGAUUAAUUGGUCAGAGGAGAAAAAAGAGAAAGAAACGAAGCGUCCGCGAGAACGCGUGCGAGCAUCUGCUUCCAUGUAGCAAUUUGUCGUGCCUUCUGUCGUGACUGCUUUCGACGAUUCACACUUAUUUUUAUAUUUUUCGUCCUCACCCCUCGACUUCCCCCGUUUCCAUCAAUCCUACCCCCCGCCCCCCAACCUCACUCCUCACCAGCUUCGAAAUAUUAUAAAUCACGAUCGUUCGACGAUCCUUGAGAAUAUCUUCAUCCCAUCGAACUGUCAUAAAAAUGCUGAAAUAAAAUGAAAAAUCUCUUCGCUAUCUCGUACGAUAAUUACCGUAUUCUAAUAUAAAUAUAUAUAUAUAUAUAUAUACAUAUGGUAUACAUAUAGCAUAACUUAUAACUUUGUACUUUUCCUGUAGAUACGACAUAAUACUGUCACGUCUAAUUUAAACAAUAAAAUUUACGUUAUUAAACAA